AUGCAAAAUAUGCUGACCGGUUACCGUUUCCACCCUACAGAGAAAGAAUUAUUAUUUUAUCUUUCGUUGAAGGUAUUGGGCCGUCGAUUGCCAUGUGAAAGUGUCGUGAACGAGUGUGAUAUAUAUGGUGACAUUGAGCCGAUGAAUCUAUUUCAAACAGGAUCAGAAGAGAGAGUUGUUUAUGUGUUUACAAAGUUGAAGAAGAUGAGCAGCCAGCGGAUUAAACGCACGGUGGCAGCCGGGAAGGGUACGUGGAGGGGUUCCGAUAAGGCGAGUCAUGUACUGGAUCCACAAAAGAAGAAUACUAUAAUCGGAUGGAAGAGAAACUUUGUUUACGAGAUGACAAAGACCAGGGCCAAACUCGGAUACAACAUGACUGAGUAUAGCCUUCCUGACUCUACAUUGAACAGUGGAAGAGUUUUGUUUAAAGACUAUGUUCUUUGCCGCAUCAAGAAGAAGAAACCACCACAAACCAAUCACUCACAGUCACAGGACAACUUUGAAGAACUAAUAGAGGGUGACUUGUUUGCCAUGUUAGCGGAAGAUCAUUAUCAUUAUGAAGCUGCUCCGUCACUACCAUACGAGCAGAUUGCAUUGGGUGUCCCUGUUGCCCAGUUUGAAGGAUGUCCAUAUCAACAACACAUGAGCAUGGCAGUGACCCCUGAAUUUGGUGCAUUAUAUUCCGGACGAGACGGGUCUGCAGAAUUUCAAGUGCCAAAUAGUAUGAUGGCUGCCUUAGCAGAAGAUGAUAGUGAAGCUAUUCCCCAGCAGCCAAUCAACAAUGAGCCGAUUGAAUGGAGCCUUUCACUGGCCGAACUUGAAGAAUAUCAGUAUGAGGAAUACAUGAGCUGUAAUAAUAACAUGGGGACAACACCAGUUGCACAAUGUGGAUCCAUCACAGAUGCAUCAGUAGCAGCCGAAUCAGGUGCUGGUGCUUUAUAUUGUGGUGGAAGAACCGGAUUUGAAUGUCAAAUACAAAGUAAUAUCAUGCCUUGUGCAGCAGAGUCUCCAAUAUCAGAAGAAUGCUGCUUGCCUGCUCUGGAAACAUGGGAUUACACUGACCUAUUUAUGCCGGAUAAUACAAAUUGGGACAGUAUUGCUAGGGAAUUCCUUACUGAGCUGCUACAUGGCAAUCAGGAAGAGCUGCCGAAUGGUGAUCAAGAAGAGGCUUUACAAGCGAGUACGAUUUCCAUGAUACCGCCGAACCCAUCUGGUGUCCAGAAUUUGAGUAACUGUGGAUAUUAG